UUACUAUACGAAUCUGCCAUGACGGAGUUGUCAAAGAGAGGGGCAUGGUCGAUUAGGAGGUCCUUGACGGUUAUGUUAUUGAGGCAAAUGAGGAGGAGUGGGAAGAUCGUUAAUCUCACGGAUGGUCGACAGCUGCUGGAGACAAACUAUCCUUGCCAAAUCGAUUUCUGGGGACGAGGAUACUCCAUGGCGACCAAUGUUGUUCGUGUAUCCGAAUUGGCGUACACAGCGGAGAAGGCCCUCAAAUUUCACGUCGUGUCGAAGUCAUUCCCCGACGGCUGCAAUCCCGACAGUCUUCCCGCUAGAGUCUCGGGGCUUUCAAUCGCCCGGCUAAAGAAUCGGUUAUUACGACCGCUGCUUUGCGAGAAUGAUAAUAAAGUAGUUGUUGCCCCGCGUGAGGAGGAAGAUUCCCUUUUCGAAACGGUCAAAUACGUCUCGGAACAGUCGGUUUUGAAUGCUAGUAAUUUCCAGCGUGUCGAUCCCCAAGCGGGAAUAAUGAUACGGGUCGCAACCGGCUAUUGUCAAGACGCUGCUCAACCUGCCGAUCCCUCUCAGCGGUCAUACGUAUACACUUAUCGGAUUACAGUCCAUAAUCUUCAUCAGAAUAAGUCUUAUCGUAUCCUCGCUCGAAACUACACCUUUCGAGAUGCUGAUGGACACGUCUUCGCCAAUAUCAAUCCAGGCAGUGAGGAGUCCAUGGGAGUGGUGGGGCUAACGCCUCUUUUAAGUCCUGGAGAGUCCUUUACUUUCCAUAGUGGAGUCAGGAUACCGACCACAGAGACGGGCACAUUCACGGGUUCGCUCGAAAUUGGUACCGAGAAGAAGAAAGUAGAAAGCACCGUCGAAACUGAAAGCGACUCCAACCAUUCGAGCACGAUGGACGUCAAACGAGAACGUUUGGAUGUGCGGUACCGAAAGUACAAGGAUGAGGCCGAGGAUACGUUUUUCGUCGCUCUACCUGAUGUGGCCUUUCGGCCUGCCGCGGUCGCUGUAAAAUUACAGGAUAAUUUUGAUAGAUUUCGAUAUUUUGCGGAGCGCGCCGAGCACCUGUCCGCUUUGGGUCACACUGACGAGACAGCUGAUGACGACUAUCCCGAAACGACUCGGCGUAGACCUCACAAACGGGGAGAUGCAGGUGAUUCUAAAGAAGGAGGACCGACAGGUUGA